AGGAAGUUACAGGUUUUGCUAAGAGUGUUGUGGCUGUGCUAGAGUUCCUGCCCCUGAGCCUCGGUCUGUCCUUGCUUCUGAUGCCCUCCCUUGAGCACACAAUGGCGGCGGGAGAUAUGAGGCUGCCCGGGGAGGGGUUACUAAUUAAAGACAAACUGUAUUCCGGAGUAAUACUCACUCUAGAGAAUUGUAUUUUACCAGCGGAGCAAUUAAGUCGAACCCCGUCGGCUGAACACGGGCUGUCCGGGGAGACGGAGGAGCAGCUACGAAUCAGUGGCUGCGAAAGGAUACAGGCCGCAGGGAUUCUACUUCGACUUCCACAGGUUGCCAUGGCCACUGGGCAGAUACUAUUCCAGAGGUUUUACUACUGCAAGUCAUUUGUACGACACUGUGCAGAGACUGUUGCGAUGGCGUGUGUGCACCUGGCGUCGAAGAUUGAAGAAGAGCCACGGAGGGUCCGGGAUGUGCUGAAUGUGUUCCACUUCCUGAAAGAGAGGAGUAGAGGAGGCAAAGGUUACUACCCCAUGCCCUUGGAUGGCAGUUACAUCAACAUGAAGAGUCAGGUGAUCAAAGCGGAGAGGAGACUACUGAAGGAGCUGGGCUUCUGUGUGCAUGUCAAACACCCACACAAGAUCAUUGUGAUGUACCUGCAAGUUUUAGAAUGUGAAAAGAAUUCAGAACUAGUUCAAAUGGCGUGGAACUACAUGAAUGACAGUUUGAGGACCGAUGUGUUUCUGAGGUUCAGUGCAGAGACUGUGGCCUGUGCCUGCAUCUAUCUGUCCACCAGACGCCUACAGAUCCCUCUACCAGAAGAGCCACCGUGGUUCCUUUUAUUUGGGGCGACGGAGGAGGACUUACGGGAUAUCUGUGGAAGGAUUCUGCACCUGUACACCCUCCUGAGUGUCCCUCUGUCCACCCUCCUGAAGCAGGUAGAUGAGGCCCGUCAGGCCCUGGAUGCCCUCAGCAGCAAGGGGAAGCCCGGCACAGCCAUGUCUGCUGCCGCCACCCCCAACGUGGAGCCAUUCAGUAGCUUCUCCCCUGCCUCCAAAGCCGCUUCCCCUGCUGAUGGUCGGCUCAAUCACGAGACUUCUCUCAACCAAGUGGCCCUGAAAAACGCCUGUCGGAAACUGGCCAAUGGAGAGGAGAAGGAACGACUUAGUCGCAGUGAGGAGAGAAGAGACACCAAAAGCAUUUCUCCCCCCAGACGCAGGCGCAGUCGCAGUGUUGCCUCCCCUCGUCACUCACUCUCUCCAGUGCGUCACAAAAAAGUCUCUCACAGAGAGAGGGAUAGAGAGAAGGACCGGUGGAGGGAUAGAGACCGAGAUAAAGACCGGAGUAAAGAGAGGAAUAGGGAGAGGGAAAGGGAGAAGGACAGAGAGAGAGACCGACAGAGGGAUCACCGAAGAGAGAGAGAAAGAGGGGAGAGAGAGGGACCCAGGAAGGAGGUGCAUUCGUCACACAGAAGAUAACCCUUCAGUUCAGAGGACCACAUUCCAAGAUGUAUUAUGGACCAAAAAUAAAGUUGUAAUUUUUUUUAAACUUUAGACGAAAAUCUGUGACUUUCAUAAACAGUUUUUGUAAUAAAAAGUUGUAAUUUUCUAUCUUU